CUCCUCUCGUUGCUGUGGUGUGUUAACAACCGAUAACUGCUGUGCUGUGUGGUUCUUGUUUAAUAAUAAAUAAAUGUGCAUGUCUUCACUCUCUUGGGUUUUGGUUCACCUCGGCUGCUCUACAAUUGGUCGCAUGUAACUGUCGAGCUGUUUCAUUCACGGCGUUGUUGCCUUGCUGAGUUUUAGUCAAACUUUUUCGCCACCGUCGCAAACAUUAAUCUGCAUUUCACUACCAUAUUGUGUGUUUCGAUGCGGUUUAAUCAUCAGAGCUGUCAGUGAGUGGGUUUUUUUUAAGCAACAUAUGUUCUUAGUGAACCCAGUGAGUGUGCUCUUAUGUUGACAUUUGUCACAGAAAGUGUGUUUGACUGACUGUUUUUGAAGCCUAAACAUGUUGUAAACUACUUAAUUAGGUGUAGUCACUUUCUCUGUAUGUGCUGAACUCCACCUUGCGCCACACACCGACCUUGCUAAAUAGUGUGUAAGGUGUGUAAGUCUAUUUGACCUUUGGUGUGGCUGUUGGCUUAUUGGGAGUCUAGUUUGACAUACAAAAUCCUUAACAUCUGAUGUGUACAUAAGCCUUUUUUUUAUAUCAGGAAUACCAGCCUAUCUCUAGUGGCAUAAAGAAGUUUUAAUCUCCGUAGAUCAUCAACAAGAUGCUUUACUUGUCAUUUUGAGUAAAUGUUUAUGUAUUGGUUUUAUGGCCUCAUAGAUAGCAGGGCUGGAGAGAUAGGAAGGAGAGAUUAUAUUUCAUUUAACAGUGAUGCAGGUUUCAAUUCAGUGUGUACCUAGCUUAAGAUGACCUCCAGAAAUAUCUUUCUUUACAUUUUCAAACAUUUAAAAUUAUAUUUAAAUGACACUGUUUAUGAUUUAUGUUGAUAUGUUUUUCCCGUGUAAGGGAAAUGCCAUCCAAUCAGCCAUAAAUCACUGUUUUAUGACUGUUCACGGAGACACUGACGCAUGUUUCCCUGUAGUUCCUAAGAGUAAAAUCUGUUUGCAGUUGUGGUAUUUCUGACAAUGCAAACAACUGCAAAUGUUUUAUUUGCAUCUCCUCUGCCCUGACAAUCUGCCCUCCCCUUAGAGUACACAUUAAAUCUUCUCACAUGACACCAUCCUGUUUUUUACCCUCUACACAUCCUGGUGCGCAGCCGUGCACUCGACUAGCAUUUAUAGAAGUUUACUGGAGUUUCUGUUUUCCCCUUCCUCGGACACAUUAACGUUUUUCAUAGAAAUAGAUAGAAAUAGAAAACAACAUGCCGUCAUGUUGGAUACCUCAACAAUCCUAUUGCGUGUAGACAUAUCUGACACCUGGUGACAGCAGCUGGAGAUAAUGUGUGCAGUCACAGCUUAGUUUGCUCUGCAUCUCAUGUUUGACAUGGGAGGACCUGUAUGUUCAGCUUCUCCCAAUAUCUCGCAGCAAGAAGUGAGAACAUCCAACAAGUGUCUUUUUUUAAUGCUUUCUGGGUCGUCAAGGAAGUAAAUGUCUCUGAUUACACAUUAAACUGAUGGUAUCUGAUGGAUUAGUAAAUAACUUUAGUUCUGUUGAAAUUAGAACUGCAACGAGUAGUCAGUCGAUUGAUUGAUUGGUCAGUUGUCAACUAUUAAAUUAAUCAGCAGGUAUUUUCAUAAUUAAUUAAUAGUUUUUAAUUCAUUUUCUAAGAUUUUUUUUUUUUCAAAUUCUCAGAUUUCAGCUCCUCAGGUGUGAAUAUUUUCUAGUUUAUUUUGUCCUCAAUGACAAUAAACUAAAUAUCUUUGGGUUGUGACAUUUAAGGACGUCACCUUGGGCAUUUUCUGACAUUUUACUGACCAAACAACUAAUAACUAAUCUAAUAAUCGAAAAAGUUAUUGACUAAUGAACUGCUAAUAAAAAAUGACCAGUAGUGCAGCCUAAGUAUUUCAUUUAGAGACUUGCGGCUACAGUCUGUGGUGACUUCUUUAAAUAUCUUUGGGGGGUUUUGACAUUCAGUUUACAAUGAUAUAGUUAACUCACUGAGAAGCCGUUAUCUCCACUAUUUCUGGUUGAAAGUGACUCAUUGAUUCAUUAAUUAUAAAAAUAGUUACAGAUUGUUUUUGUUGAUGAACUAGACGACAAAUCGUUUCAGCUCUGCUUCUCAUGUCUCCUGGACAAGGUGAAACAUUCAAUAUCAGAUGUCAAACUAUGAAGUCAGCCUGUGUUUAAUGAUAGACACCAGUUCUCUACUCAUCCCUGCAGUAAUGUCUAAGUGGCUGAAUGAUGGGGAAGUGCUGGUGGGUCAAGGCAGAGGUGAGGCCUUACCGGUGAGCCCCAAACCGCGGGCCCUACCAGCUGGGAGCCCCACGCCAACCCGGGGACGCAGUCAGCUGGCUUCACCCAGAGAGGUGGUGCCGGGCAGCCCUCAGGCAGAGACCAUGAGCAAGGCCAAGGAGCUGUUUGUGCUGUGUGACAAAGAGGGGAAAGGUUUCAUCACUAAGCGGGAUAUGCAGAGGCUCCAGGGGGAGUUGCCGCUUUCCCCUGAACAGCUGGAGACGGUGUUUGAGAGUCUGGACCGACGGAGCAACGGAUUCCUUACUCCCGUUGAGUUCAACACAGGACUUGGUGAGUUUGUGGGGCUGGAGGACACAACCGAGCUGAGUCAAGAUGAAGCAGAAGAGGAUAUGGACCGGACGUACUGGGCCCAAGACCCCACUGCAGUUCGAUUUGUAAACAUACUGAUGGAGCUGGGUGCUGACAAACUCUUCAAAGAUCAGCUGGAGUUAAGCUCUCUGUGGUGUGACCUCCAGCGAGACAGACCAGAGCUGGUCGACGCCCUCGAAGGCGUGCUGAUCCAAGCAGUGUCCCAUUUACAGGACUCCAUCAGAGAGAGAGAUAGUCUUGAACAAGCUCUACGCAGACGGGAGAGCGAACAUGAUCAGGUUAUUAGGUCCAUAUAUGAAGAAAUGGAAAGCCAAAUCCGAGAGGAGAGAGAGAAGCGCCUGGCUCAGGACAGUAUUAAACAGAAGCAGAGAGGGCGGAAACUUGAGGAGGAGCUAAAGAUUCGUGAGCAUGAGUUGGAGAAUACACUGAUCAAACAGAAAGAGCUGGAAACCAAAAUCCGGCAGCUGAGCUGUGAACAGGCAAACAUCAAGGAGCAGAACCAGCAGCUGCGGAGCCUCAACGCCCAGUUACAGGAGCAGGUGGAGAGCAGCAGAGAGCAGCUGCAGGCCGCUCUGGGUCAGCUCAGCCUGCUGCAGCACGACGCUACCCAGGAACAAGAGACCAGAAAGAGUAAUGUGAUGAAGGUUUCGAGGAACAUGCAGAAAGAGAAGAAUAGUCUCUUAAGACAACUGGAGCUUUUGAGGGAUAUGAACAAGAGGCUGCGCGAUGAGAAAGAUGCCCAACAGUCUCAGAAGAGGACUCCAAAUGUCACAAAGAGUUUGCAGAAGAAAGGGUCAGUCAUAGGUAACUACUUACUGCAAGACAAGCCACUGAAAAGACAGUGGAGCUCAUCUGAUGAGUUGGAGCAGGACAAAGUCAAAGAGGUGACAAAUUCAUCCAACAGGCAGCAACCGUCAUGUAGAGUCAGGUGUGAAAAUGUUGAACAGAUGCAAAAUCAGAGCAGAAUUGUCAGUCCUCAGCGAGUGUUCAAGGUGGUUUUCCUGGGUAACUCAGGAGUGGGUAAGACCUCCUUCAUCCAGCACUACAGCACAGGACACUUCUGCAGUAAUAUCAGCGCUACUGUCGGUAUAGAUUUCCAGAUGAAGACUUUAACGCUGGGCUCCACCACCAUCACCCUGCAGCUCUGGGACACUGCAGGACAGGAGAGGUUUCGCAGCAUCACUGAGCAGUACUACCGUAAGGCUGACAGUAUCCUCGUCAUGUAUGACCUAACUCACUCCCCCUCCUUCACCGCCGUGAGAGGAUGGAUGGACUCAGUGAAGGAGAAGAUGUGUGAAGGUGCGGUACUGAUGCUGCUGGCGAACAAGCUGGACCUGGUAGUCAACAGUCACAGCAGAAAAGUGACAACUGAGGAGGGUCAGAGACUAGCAGAGCAGCACCAAGCUUUGUUUUACGAGUGCAGCGCCAAAACUGGAUGUAACAUGGACGAGGUGAUGACUGAUCUGGCCGGGAUGUUAGUGUCCCAGCAUGAUCGACAAUGUGAAGAUGCACUUUUACUGACUGAGAACAUCGCUACAAGACGCUGCUGUACAUAAACAGAAAAAGAAAGAUAUUAGCUCCAUGGUUGACUGGAGUUAUGAGGGAUGUUGACUAGUCACUUUUUACUGAGUCAAGUUUACUGAACACUAUCUAAUGUUUUCCUAUGUUGUUAUGUAU